UUAUUCCAAAUUAUGAUGUAUUCGGGAGCCGCUGUGGGCUUGGAUGGGCGGUCAGAGCCCCGCCGGCCGUCGCUCUGUUUGCGGCCGGGCUGCGCCUCGGCCUUUGCGGGGUGCGCUGGAGAGCAGAGGCGCUGCAGAGCCCGCGGGUGAGCAGCGCCCGCAGCCCCGCGCCUCGCAGCCGUGAGCCGGGGUCUGCGGUCCGCGCCGCACUUCGGCUUCGCCCAUUUCUGGUCAGUUUCGCCGGCGCGGCCGCGGGGGGCGGUGGGAGAGGCCGGGUAAGGACAAUGGACGCAUUUUCCAGGCCUUGCGCCACCAAGGGUGGAGGGCUCGAGAUCACCCCGGGGACCAUGUCCCACCCGCUCCUCGGGAGCCGCAUCCCGCGUGGGUCAGACGCAGGUCGCAGGUCGUAAGGGUGACCGAGGCGGAGUCGGGGCUCCUUGGAGGGAAGGGGUCAACGCUCCCCUGGCUCGAGAAGAAAGGAUUUUGUUUUGCCAGUUGUUCAGGUCAUCAUCACAGCCAUCAUCAUUAACGUUCUCGUUUAAUUAAAAUAAUCGUCCAAAAACGGAGCGGGAGUCACUGUAGCUUCCUAGGUGGGAGAACAAAGCCGCACAGGACUCGCCCCCUCCCGCCCCUGCUGUUUUCUCAGGCGCUGGUUUGGGAUAAGGAGAGAAAAUGGAGAGGGUCAGACUGAAACACCUUCAAACGCAAACACUAUCCCCGGGCAUGGGUGGGUUGCCUUCCUUCUUUCCUCCCCUCCCUCCAUUUGGAUUAGAAGAGAAAGGAAAACCUCCCGCACUGGAUUGAAACCCAGGGAAAAUUAUUCCUAUAUUUCCACAAAAGCCUCGGCCAAAAGAAGGAAGCCUUCGCAAUUAAUCCAAGACUACGAUGUACGAUCAUAAACUGGACGUUUUAGGCAAAAACAAAUUAAAACCCACCGGAGGGGGGGAAGCAACUAAACCCAGCUACACCCUUGGAAGCAGUUUUUACCCUCUUUCCCUUGUUUAUUGCUGCAACAAAUUAUUAGCGUUCCUCCUUAUUCUGCCUGUUUAAGCCCGAAAAAUCGAAAAUCAUUUUGUACGGGUAGUAAAGGUAAGGGAUUUCUUCAUUUCUUUCUCUCUUACGCUCUUUUCUGCAUUUUCUUUCUUUCCUUCUUUCUUGUCAGUAGGAAGAAAAGAAAGGACCUGAAUAGAUUUCCUACCCACCCCCACCCCCCAUUCCCGCAGAGAAGUACAAUCCUUGGAAUCGGGUUCUGCUUUCACUUUGGGUUGGAGGUGGGUAGAUGGGGGUCCCGGAGAGGCCGGCGGGCGAUUGGGGGGUGUCCGAGGUUCUGCCGCAUUAACUAGGGCCUGGAGACGGCACCCACCUUUCCCGACUCAUCGCCCACCCUGCACCUCAGGCUGGGGUCGACCCCUUGGCUCUGGCGCUGUGGCGGCUGCUGGGGCCUGGCUCAGGCUAUGGAGCAAACAGCGUAGACACGUCCGUUUUUGGAAAACAAACGGCCGCGUUGAACCACAGGGAUCCCAGUUGUAGGGUUCAAAAAUGUUCUGGGCAGCUUGUAGGGAGGGGUUGUUGUUGGACUAAAGUUAAUUUCUGAUUGGUCAGGUGUAGUGUUCAUUUUUACAGGGACGAGGUGAGGUUGAGUCUCUGAACACCUGCAGGUGGGGGCAGAAAGCAGUCUGCGACUCCCUGGGCUGUCAGUGGGGGCAAGAGGUAAUUCCCAGCCAUUGACCCUCAUUUCUCUCUCGCCCUCCCUCUCACCCUCCCUCUUUCUCUCCACCCCCAUCUUUCCUGGAAACUCGGUUUGGGCGCGGCAGAUCGCCCAGGACCACACCGCAGCCUAACUGCUGGCCUCUCAGCGGCGAGAGGGGCUCGGAAAGCAGAGACCCCAGCUCAGCCUCACCGCUCCCUGUAGGAAGAGUGGAGGUCCUAUUCCAAGGGGCCGGUCUCUCUAACUAUGCCCGAGGAUGACCGAGCGGCCGCCCAGCGAGGCGGCCCGCAGUGACCCCCCGCUCGAGGCCCGGGACGCGGCCGAGGCCCGCAUGGCCCCCCCGCAUCUGGUCCUGCUGAACGGCGUCACCAAGGAGACGAGCCGCGCGGCCCCGGCGGAGCCCCCGGUCCUCGAGCUGGGCCCGGCCGGCCCCGGCCGCGCGCUGCUCUACAGCCUCGGCCAGCCGUUGGCCUCGCUCGGCAGUGGGUUCUUCGGGGAGCCUGAUGCCUUCCCUAUGUUCACUGCCAGCAACCGAGUGAAGAGGAGACCCUCUCCCUAUGAGAUGGAGAUUACAGAUGGUCCGCACACCAAAGUUGUGCGGCGGAUCUUCACCAACAGCCGGGAGCGAUGGCGGCAGCAGAAUGUGAAUGGGGCAUUUGCUGAGCUGCGCAAGCUGAUUCCCACGCAUCCUCCAGACAAGAAGCUCAGCAAGAAUGAGAUCCUCCGCCUGGCCAUGAAGUACAUCAACUUCCUGGCCAAGCUGCUUAAUGACCAGGAGGAGGAGGGCACCCAGCGGGCCAAGCCCGGCAAGGACCCCGUGGCAGGGGCUGGUGGGGGUGGGGCAGGGGGUGGCGCACCCCCCGAUGACCUCCUGCAGGAUGUGCUUUCCCCCAACUCCAGCUGUGGCAGCUCCCUGGAUGGGGCAGCCAGCCCGGACAGCUACACAGAGGAGCCAGUGCCCAAGCACACAGCCCGCAGUCUUCAUCCUGCCCUACUGCCCGCCACUGAUGGGACCGGCCCCCGGUGAUGGGUCUGGGGCCAUCCAGGACCGGCCAGGAGGGAGCCCCUAGGCCGCUGGGAUAGUGGGUGUCAGGGCAGGUGGUAUGAGAAGCAGGGCAAUGGAUUCUUGAUGAACUGCCCUUGACGUCUGAACUUUGGGGUGCCCUAACUGUCCCUUGGGCCUGGCUAUCCUUGCUCAGUAGGAGAUUCUGAUUCCUGUCUCAGUAGGAGAACAGGAAAAUGGAGCAAAGCGGUAGGUACUUUUUCUGAAGAUGGCACGGUUUCCCUUCUCCCUACAACCCCUAAGAGUUCCCAGGUAAGAGGCUUAAGUGUCGCUGCAUUUGGCCUGAAGUUUGGGGACGCUGUCUUUGCCAGGACCUGGUGUUGUCAGCUGUCACCUGAGGCAUCCAGGAGCCUCUGCCUUGCCUUUAGCCCCUCCUGAGUUGGCUGGGGUGGCUUUAGUGGCUGCUUCUGUCCAAAUAUAUAGGUACCCAAUAGCUGCCCAUUUCUUGAGCCUUGUCUUCACCCAGGCCCGUGUUGGUCCAUCCAGCUUGCCAGCUGCUGCGGGGACUCCCAAGCCUCGAGGUGCAUUCUUCAGGGCCUGGUUGAAGAAGGUGACCAGUGGAAAGACUGCUCUCACCUGGGCCAGAGGGUCAGAAACCCUCGGUGCCCUUCCUUUUUACCCUGGGGAUCGGAGCUCUGCUUUCUGCGUACUGAGGCUUGCCUUCUUGUCCUGAGGCUGUUGGAACUGAGAGGACAGCCUUGAAUAUGCCCUGUUGGGUUUUGUAUGAAGGCAGAGAAAGGGAAAAUGAUAUUAGAGAGAAAGUGAGCAAGAAAUAUUUGGGGCAUGUGGGCUUCAACUCCUACAGUCAUUGCUCAUGCCACUGAGCAAAUGCCAGUGUGUUCCUGGGCACCUGCUGGUGCUGAGAUGUGAGGCUGAAUGUGAUCUCCAAGGUGCUUGGAGGGAGGGAGCUCCCUGCCACAAGAUGUCUGUCUGCUGAAGGUCUGGUCUUUCUUCUGAAUUGAGCACAAACUGUCCUAUGACUUCUUUUUUUUGUAUUUGAAUUUCUGCUUGGCUCUGUUAUUGGUGGAAUCUUUAGGUCUCAAUACGACGCAGGACACAGCCCCACUUCUAGAAGUGAUUGGGGAAUCCAGUCGGAGGCCAGGCUCUGGCUAAGACCCAAACAUACACACAUCCACUUAGCAGAACCCUAAGUACCCUUCUAUUGUGCAGCUUUCGGUGUCGGGGGUAUGUAUGGUCUGGGAGGCUGGUUUAAUUCGAUAGCAAUGCCCACUCUGAGAGCUGUACAUGAAAUUUGUAUAAAUCAAAUCCUUAUUCUUCAUCUUUACAGAAAUAACUACCAAAAGUCCUUUUGUAAAGUGAAUCUUUUUGUAGUGGGGACCACUGUCUCCUUGCCUCCUCUGUCAGUUCAGACAGUGGGACACAGUUUCCUUUCUUCCUUCCUUUCUUAUUUCUUUCCCCUGAAAUGGAGUUGUACUCUGUAACCCAGGCUGGCCUCAAAU